AUGGCCGGCAACAUUGCAUUUCUGAUUAUCGGUACCACCUCGUUUUUCUCGCUUCUUCUCUACACCAUGAACACCGUGCUUGCCCAGGAGAUGGUGGCUGAGUUUGUGGGAAACGUUAUAACUAGAAACUCAGCGCUCAGCGUCACGUUUGACAACGCGAUUGUGCCCAAUUGGAAAGAUGGAAAAAUCCAGUUCAAUCACUGUGUGGUGAGCAGACGACCACGCAAACGGCACAUGUUCCGCAAAAAGGACAAAAGUGCUGAGACAGCUCCUGAGGAAGACCUUGAUGACGGCAAUUAUACCCAAUUUGAUCUGACAAUCGACCAAAUCGACAUCUCUCUGAGUUUCGGAAAGUGGUUGUCGGGCAAGGGAAUAAUCGACAACUGCUCUUUGCGUGGUGUGCGUGGCGUGGUGGACAGGACGCACGUUUAUUGGAAACCGGGUGAUUCUGCUCUAAACUACAAAAAUAUCCACCGGCCGGGCGACUGGGAGAUAUCCGAUUUCCGCAUGCAGGAUCUAUUGGUGACGAUGCAUAACCCAAAUAACUUUCGCAGUUUUGACAUUUCUGUGUACAACUGCGAGCUGCCAUUGUUUCGUAAAAACUGGUUAUUUUUCGACAUUUUGAACGGCAGACACAUCAAUGGCUGCUACGAUGGCGCACUGUUCACCAUCGACCGUGUGCAGACCACAGACGAUUUCCGUGGGGAGCGGCAGAUUGGCGGGGAGGUUGAAGAGUACCGCAAGGCGCCCACGCACCGCUCGCGUCAGGAGAUCGACCUCACAAACAAAACUGUCACCAGACUACGGAUCGACAACCUUCCCUUGGAGCAUCUGAACGGCGGCAUGAAGGGCCCGUUUGGGUGGAUCCACAAGGGAACAGUGGAUAUGAUUGGAGACGUUAUAGUUCCAGAAAACGCAUCGACUGAACAAGCUACGCUCAGAGACGUUUUCAAAUACUACACCUCCUCGGAAAAAAACGAGAGUUAUGACGCUCCAUUCAUCAUGGAUUUCUAUCUGCGACUCAAUAACCCGAAGGCCAGCGUGCCAUUGUUCUCGAACGAGCUGUCGUACGUGAACAGCGCGCUGAUUCGGCCGAUCGUUGGCUACAUCAACUCCCGAAAAACUUUCAUCCCUAUUUAUUGCCGCGUUUACAAACAACUUAAGGACUUCGACGGGUCGUGGACCGUCUACGACAGUCUGUUGAUGGACGAUUUGAGUGUCGGCGUGUACAACAGUUUUGUUGAGUACUUAAGUGACGAGCAGUUCCAGCGCGAAAAGCUGCGCAAGGUGGGGUUCUGGUCGCUGCAGUUCAUGAUCCAGCUGAUUCUAUGGAGUCUCAGCGCAGUUUAG